AGCAUGACGCAGUUGAGUUUAGUAGGGCAAGUUCGUCUGUUGAUCGUUACAUGUUGAUCGUUACAAAGUAUUCAUAUUGUCAGAUUUACAGUGGUAUCGAUUAAAAUUAACAUUACCUUUAGUACGAAUGAAAUAGAAGACAAGGUUUAUUUACAUAAAAAGAUGGUAUUUACCAUCAAGUAAGAAUGGCAUAGUUUUUGUUUUAUUGCACGCCAUAAUUAUUUCUUGAAUGAUGGCACCUCUUUUGGAAGAAGAAGAGAAUUAUAUCCGAUUAGCAUUGUUAUUAAAAGGAGUGUCACCAAGAGCAGUCCGCACUUUCUUUGACAAAGGAUUUCCACCUACUUAUCUACCAUCAACUCUGAAUAAAAACUACAACACUCUUUAUGACUUGUAUUUGAAAAGAAUUUUGAAUCAGGCUCAGUGGAAUCUUUUGUUUCCAAAAAAUGGUGUACCUGAUUCCAAAACUUUCGAUGUAACGUUAAUGAUCUGUUUGGUCAGAAACUUGACACCUAUCAUUUCUCCAAUCAAUGGAUUUGAUAAGCUACCACUUCCUGGGGAAACAACUGCAGGGUCUGAUCUUGCCAGGAUAAAAUGGUACAGAAAUAUAUUAGCUCACCAUGAAAGUAACACGAUGGCAACAGCUGAUUUCAAUACAGCAUGGGCAAAUAUAGUAGAUGCUGUUAGUCGAAUAGGAGGUUCGCCAUUAAAUCAAGAGUGCCAAGAGUUAAAGGUGAAAAUCUUAGAUCAGUCAAAUCAGGAAAUUAUGCUGGAAAUCAAACAAUCGCAGGAAGAGAUGAAGGAACUGAGGCGAACGAUGGACAUUGAACAUUCAACCAUGAACAUGAUGAAGGAAAGUCUUAAAGAUCUGCAAGAUUCCCACAUUACUUUACAGACAGAACACUCAAGAGCUACGGAAAAUUUGAAAGAAGUCACAGAGAUUUUGAAAGAUCCAAUACCAUGGAACAUGAGAGGACACAUUAAAGAGGAAUUGGAAGCUUGGACUGAAAAUGACAAAACAUUUAUUGAAACGAAUGGGACAAAAUAUGUAUUAGACUGUAUUGAAAAAAAUGGUUGCGUUGUUGUCACCGGAAGUUCUGGUUGUGGAAAGUUAUCAUUGGUGCGUCACGUAGCUAUACAGAUGCAAAGCAAAGGCUGGGAGAUUUUACCAGUAUCGAAUCCUAAAGAAAUUAUUAAGUGGCACAAUCCAAGUAGAAAGACGCUGUUUGUUGUGGAUGACUUUUGUGGAACAUAUACCUUAAAUCCAAUAAAGUAUGAAAACUGGAAAAAUACAAUGGAAACAAUCAAAACAUUAGUAGAAAAGAAACCAGUUAAAUUAAUUAUGUCUUGUAGACUACAGGUUUACAACGAUGAAAAAUUGAAGUCUUUAUUAUUGUAUCAAUCCUGUGAGUGUAAUCUGUUGUGUGAAAAAAUGCGUUUAUCUAAAACAGAAAAACAAUCAAUAGCUAAAUUUUACCUGAAAACAAACGCUGCAAAGAUCUUUGAAUCGUAUGACAUGUUUGACUGUUUUCCUCUUUUAUGUCAAUUGUACAGCAAAAACACAAAACUGAGCAUUGUAAAUUUCUUUCAGAACCCAUUUACAGUUUAUAAAGAAGGGAUAGAUAAAUUACAUACAGAUCAGGCGAAUGAGAAAUACUGUGCACUUGCUCUAUGCGUCAUGUUUAACAAUCGUUUGAAAGAAAAAUGGCUUACACAAGAUGUGGACGAUGACAUCAAAAAAAUUAUACGGAACACAUAUGAACAUUGUAAAGUGUUGGAAGGAACUUCGCAAUUGGUUCUACGUGAUGAGCUUGAUUCAUUAACACAGACAUUUAUCAGAAAGGAUGAUGAUGUGUACAGAACUAUUCACGACAAGCUGUUUGACUUUUUAGCUUUUUACUUUGGCAGUGUGAUGAUUAAUUGUUUAAUUAAUAAUGCUACAAGUCGAUUUAUUCGUGAAAGGUUUUUAUUUGAAAGAAAAAGAAAAAGUGACGAGUUUAUCAUUAUUGUACCAGAGAAGUAUAAGGAAAUGUAUAUACAGAGGAUGAUAGAUGACUGGUCUGGAGGAAACGUUGUAGAUGUCUUCUCUAACCUCAAUACAGAAAAUCAAAUCUUCCGAAAAAGAUUCAUGGCAUUUGUUAAGGUAUUAAAACUAUCACAACAACAGCAAUUGGCUAGUUCAUAUGACAAAAAUAACAAAAGCACUCCCUUGAUACAAUGUUGUUUCAUUGGAGAAAUUGAUCUGGUCAAAUGGUGUCUGUAUCAUUGCAUCAGUAAUGUAAACCAUUGCCGUAAUGAUGAUAGAGCAACAGCUUUGUAUAUUUCUUGUGAGAAAGGGUAUACUAAAGUAGUAAAGAUGUUAAUAAACAAAAAGGCAGACAUUAAUAAGUGCAAUGAUAAAGAAGCAUCACCUCUGUAUAUUGCUUGUCAAAAUGGACAUACUGAAGUAGUUCAGAUGUUAAUUAAUAAUAUGGCAGAAAUAAAUAGGUGUAGAGAUACUGGAUCUUCACCUCUGUUAAUUGCUUGUCACCAAGGACACACUGGAGUAGCUCAGAUGUUAAUAAAAAAUAAGGCAGAUAUCAAUAAGUGCAGAGAUAAUGGAUCAUCACCUCUGUUUAUUGCUUGUGGGAAAGGAAAUACCGAAGUUAUUAAGAUGUUAAUAAACAAUGAGGCAAACAUUAGUAAGUGUGUAGAUACUGGGGCAUCACCUCUGUUUAUUGCAUGUCGGAACGGUCAUAUUCAAGUAGUUGAGACGUUAAUAAACAAUAAAGCAGACAUUAAUAAGUAUGAUGAUGAAGAAGUAUCCCCUCUGUACAUUGCUUGUCAAAAAGGACAUACUGAUAUAGUGAAGAUGUUGAUUAACAAUAAAGCAUAUAUUAAUAAGUGUAGAGAUACUGGGUCAUCGCCUCUACACAUCGCUUGUCGGGAAGGUCAUACCAAAGUAGUUCAGAUAUUAAUAAACAAUAAUGCAGACGUUAAUAAGUGUAGAGAAAAUGGAGCAUCACCUCUUCAUGUUGCCUGUCGGAAAGGACACACUGAAGUAGUGAAGAUGUUAAUACACAAUAAUGCAGACAUAACUAAGUGUGAUGAAGAAGAAGUAUCACCUCUGUAUAUUGCUUGCCAGAAAAACAAUACCGAUGUUGUUGAAAUAUUAAUCAACAAUAAGGCAGACGUUGAUAAAUGUAGAGAUACUGGAGCAUCACCUCUUUACAUUGCAUGUCACCAAGGACAUACUGAAGUUGUUCAAGUGUUAAUAAACAAUAAUGCAGACAUCAAUAAAUGUAGGGAUAUUGGAACAUCUCCUCUGUACAUUGCAUGUCACCAAGGACAUACUGAAGUCGUUCAGAUGUUAAUAAAUAGUAUGGCGGCAGACAUUAACAAGUGUAAUGAUAUAGGAGUAUCACCUCUGUAUAUUGCUUGCCAAGAAGGCCAUACUAAUGUAGUAAACUUAUUAAUUAACAAUAAGGCAGACAUUAACAAGUGUACGAACACAGGACAACCCCCCUUGUUGAUAGCUUGUUUUAAAAGUCAUACAGAUAUUGUUGAAUUAUUAUUGAAUCAUAAAGCAGAUUGCAACAUUAAAUGGAGAGGACUGACACCACUGGAUAUUGCAAAAAAUAAAUAUCUUUCAAAUAUUGUGCAUUUAUUAGAAAGAUAGAACAAACACUUUUCAUUCUUAUGCAUAUCUAUAAUAAGAGUGUAAUGAUAAACAGAUUUUCGCAUGCCAUACCGUGUGAUGCAUUUUAACGUUCGUCACUCUUCAGUUUUCUGUUCACCAAAUACUUAUGUAUUCUUUCACAUUACGUCCAUAUAAUAAAUUUGUUAUUAAAUUCG